CAGAGCGGCGCGGGGGGCCGGGGGGAGGGAGGCGGGCGGGCGGGGAGGAGGCUGGGCCGGGCCGGGCCGGCUGCCUGCCCGCCUAUUUGAGGGAAAGUAGCGGUUGGCGGGCGCUCAGUGCCGGCCGCCGCGGAGAGGCAGCGGGGCGAGCGGCCGCCGCCGGUGGGUGCCCGCUAGCCGGCGCGGCGCUGCCCCCCUGCCGAGGACUGCCGCGCUCGUCGCACGAGUGGCGGCGGGGGGAGCCGCCCCGCGGGGCCGCCUCUGCCCCUUUCCCCGCCGCGCCGUUAAUGGAAACAUGGCGAUGGCGGCACCGACCGGCAGCGCGGCGCCCGUCGCCCCGGCCCUCUGCGGCCACCUGGCCCUGCUGCUGCUCCUCGCCGCCCCCGCCGCCCACGGCUACAGCUUCCCCCAGCAGCACACUAUGCAGUACUGGGCCAGGAGGCUGGAGCAGGAGAUUGAUGGAGUGAUGAGGAUAUUUGGUGGAGUCCAACAGCUCAGAGGGAUCUACAAUGAGAAUAGAAACCUGUUUGAAGUCAAGGAGAACGUGCCCAGGAAAUUGGUGGAGAAGGUCGCAGGGGACAUCGAGAGCCUCUUGGCCAAGAAAGUCCGUGCUUUAAAGAGACUGGCCAACGCAGCGGAGAAGUUCCAGAAAGCUCACCACUGGCAGGACAACAUCCGGGAGGAAGACAUCGAGUACUACGACUCCAAGGCUGACACCGAAUAUGACGAUCCCGACGGAGAAGAGAUCGAGAGAGAGAAGUCCAACUCCUUGAAGCUGGAGUUCACCGACGACGCCAACUUCAAGACCAAGGUUAACUAUUCGUACGCUGCCGUGCAGAUCCCCACGGACAUCUACAAAGGCUCCACCGUCAUCCUCAAUGAGCUGAACUGGACGCAGGCGCUGGAGGAUGUCUUCAUCGAGAACCGGAAGGAGGAUCCCUCCCUGCUCUGGCAGGUGUUCGGCAGCGCCACUGGCGUCACCCGCUACUACCCCGCCACCCCGUGGAGAGCCCCCAAUAAGAUCGACCUCUACGACGUGCGCAGGCGGCCCUGGUACAUCCAAGGCGCCUCCUCCCCAAAGGACAUGGUCAUCAUCGUGGACGUGAGCGGCAGCGUGAGCGGCCUCACCCUCAAGCUGAUGAAGACCUCAGUCUAUGAGAUGCUGGACACCCUCUCGGAUGACGACUACGUCAACGUGGCCUCAUUCAACGAGAAGGCGAAGCCGGUGUCGUGCUUCAAGCACCUGGUGCAGGCCAACAUCCGGAACAAGAAGGUUUUCAAGGAGGACGUGCAGGGGAUGGUGGCCAAGGGCACGACCGACUACAAGGCUGGCUUUGAGUAUGCCUUCGACCAGCUGCAGAACUCCAACAUCACACGUGCCAACUGCAACAAGAUGAUCAUGAUGUUCACGGAUGGUGGCGAGGACCGGGUGCAGGACGUCUUUGAGAAGUACAACUGGCCCAAUAAGACGGUGCGGGUCUUCACCUUCUCCGUCGGGCAGCACAACUACGACGUGACGCCGCUGCAGUGGAUGGCCUGCGCCAACAAAGGUUACUACUUCGAAAUCCCCUCCAUCGGCGCCAUCCGCAUCAACACGCAGGAGUACCUGGAUGUGCUGGGCAGACCCAUGGUCCUGGCUGGGAACCGAGCCAAGCAGGUUCAGUGGACCAACGUCUACCAGGAUGCCCUGGGGCUGGGCCUGGUGGUGACGGGCACGCUGCCGGUGUUCAACCUGACGGAGGACAGCAGUGACAGAAAGAACCAGCUCAUCCUGGGCGUGAUGGGGAUCGACGUGGCUCUCAACGACAUCAAGAGGCUGACGCCGCGCUACAACCUGGGGGCAAACGGUUACGUCUUCGCCAUCGACCUGAACGGCUACGUCCUGCUGCACCCCAACCUGCAGCCCCAGAUCAUCAAUUUCCGCGAGCCGGUGACACUGGACUUCCUGGAUGCUGAGCUGGAGGAUGAGAACAAGGAGGAGAUCCGGAGAAGCAUGAUUGAUGGGAACGACGGGCAGAGGUUCAUCAAGACCCUCAUCAAGUCCCUGGACGAGCAAUACAUCGACGAGGUGUUCAGGACCUACACGUGGGCUCCCAUCAAAAGCACCAACUACAGCCUGGGGCUGGUCCUGCCUCCCUACAGCACCUACUACAUCCAGGCCAACCUCAGCGACCAGAUCCUGCAAGUGAAGUUACCAAACAUCAAAAUGAAGGAUUUUGAAUACCUGCUGCCCAACAGCUUUGAGUCGGAGGGACAUGUGUUCAUUGCUCCCAGAGAGUAUUGCAAAGACCUCGACUUGUCGGAUAACAACACCGAGUUCCUGGAAAACUUUAUUGCCCUCAUGGAAAAGGUGACCCCAGACUCCAAGCAGUGCGACAAUUUCCUCCUGCACAACCUGAUCCUGGACACGGGCAUCACGCAGCAGCUGGUGGAGCGGGUCUGGAAAGACCAGGACCUCAACACGUACAGCCUCCUGGCUGUCUUUGCGGCCACUGAUGGGGGCAUCACCCGCGUCUUCCCUAACAAGGCUGCAGAUGACUGGGAGGAGGAACCAGAGCCCUUCAACGCCAGCUUCUACCGGAGGAGCCUGGAUAACAAGGGCUACAUCUUCAAGCCGCCCUACCGGGACGCCGGCUACCGGGGGCUGGAUCUGGAGAACAACACCAUUGGGAUCCUGGUGAGCACAGCCGUGGAGCUCAGCAUCGGGGGCAAGACGCUGAAGCCGGCAGUGGUGGGGGUGAAGCUGGACCUGGAGGCCUGGGCUGAGAAGUUCAAAGUGCUGGCGAGCAACCGGACAGACCGCGACCAGCUGGGCGCCCGCCGGUGCGACCCCUCGACCAGCUGUGAGAUGGACUGCGAGGCCAACAACAAGGACCUCAUCUGUGUCCUCAUCGAUGACGGGGGCUUUCUGGUGCUCUCCAACCAGGAGGACCACUGGUACCAGGUGGGCAAGUUCUUCAGCGAGGUGGACGCCAACCUGAUGUCUGCCCUCUACAACAACUCCUUCUACGCACGCAAGGAGUCCUACGACUUCCAGUCUGUCUGCGCCCCCGAGGCCCAGAGCAACACAGGCGCUGCGCCCCGCGGCGUCUUCGUGCCCACCGUGGCCGAUAUCCUGAACCUCGCCUGGUGGACCUCGGCCGCAGCCUGGUCCCUCUUCCAGCAGUUCCUGUACGGCCUCACCUACAGCAGCUGGUUCCAGACGGAGGAGGUGGCGGGGGACAGCAUGGAAGCCAGGGAGACGAGCUGCAUCAUGAAGCAGACGCAGUACUACUUCAGCACCGUCAACGCCACCUACAACGCCAUCAUCGACUGUGGCAACUGCUCCAGGCUGUUCCACGCGCAGAGGCUGGCCAACACCAACCUGCUCUUCGUGGUGGCCGACAAGCCCCUCUGCAGCCAGUGCGAGUCCAUCAAGCUGCUGCAGGCGGAGGUAAGAGCCCCCCCGAGGGACCCCAACCAGUGUGAGCUGGUGGACAGGCCCCGCUACCGGAAAGGCCCCCACAUCUGCUUCGACUACAAUGCAACAGAAGAUACCUCAGACUGCGGCCGAGGGGCUUCCUUCGCCCCCUCCCUGGGGGUCCUGCUCUCCCUGCAGCUGCUGCUCCUCUACUCCAGCGCCAGCCGGCACCCGCUGCCCCCGGCUGCCUGCCUUUAGCCCCCCCAGCCACCCCGCCAGCUCUCUUUUCUUUCAAGCUCCAUCUCCAUCCCCCUCCCUGGCCCGGUGGAGCGACGUCCCCUCUGCCGGCUCGGGGACCCCCGUGAUGCCGCAGCCAAAGAAGAGUCGGGGUGCGGGCAGGGGCUCCCCGGCAGAGCAGGGACCGGGUCGGUGCCCCGGCGUCGUGCCCUCCCGGCCGCUCGGACUCGGAAACUGGCGUUGGCACCCUCCGCCCGUGACCCACCCCCCCAUCCACCUCGCCUAUUUUUUUAGCCUGAAGAUUUUAAACCAGAUCUUUCUACAUCGAGUUUCCGACAUUUUCGCCUGGAGACCGGCGGUGUUUAUUGUCAGCAACGAGGACACAUGGAGAAAAAAAAAAAAAUAGCGGGGGGAGGGGAAGGAAAAAAAAGAAAAAAAAAAAAGAAAAAAGGACUUGACUUGACUUGACUUGACUGUGCGGGUCAGUAUUAUUUGUUCCAGCGGGUACCAGCCCCCCGGGUGUGCGGGGCGGACGGCAGCUCCAGCAUCCCUGCGGGCUCGGGGCCGGUGCGGACAGGGGGAGAUCUAGGGGGACACCGGCCAUCGCCUGCGUCGGGGCAGGAUGGAGCCCUGGUCCCUGCUGUGGGCUCAGUUGCUCUCCUGCGUUCUCGGGCACAGAUAUUGGGGUGAAAAGGAGGGGGAGAAAAAAGUGUAUUUUGUUUCUUUUCCGUUCUGCAGAUCACUGUGAAAUCCUGCCCGCCCCAGCCCUGCCCGGCCCCGGCAGCCCUGCCAAAGAAACCAUGCUGGCCGGCGGGACCUGCCGCCUGUCCCCGAGGGGACGUGCCACAUGUCCCCAAAUGGGGUGUGCCGUGUGCCCCCGAGCGGGAUGCGCCCCACGUCCCCGAGCAGGAGGUGCCACAUGUCCCCCAAAGGGACGUGCCAGGCCCCAUGCCCGUCCCUCGGGUCACUGGCGCGGGGUCUGCUGGCCGGCCGUGGCUGGGGGAGCUGCUCCCCGGGUGCUGCCGAGGUCCCGGCUGGGGGCACCCAGCAAUGGGGCGGCAGGAGGUGCCCCUACAGCACCCCAAGGUGCUGGGGCUCACAAUGGGACACUCGCCUGGGGUGUCCGUCCCCCUCCCCCCCCCCCCCCAGACAAAAUGCUGGGUGCGGGGGAGGCUCAGCCCCAGCACCCCACUGCACCCCACCAGCCCAGCCGGGAGAGGUGCCACGGGGCUGGGCGGGCCCAGCACAGGGUGCCCGGUCAUGACACCCUGGGGUGCUGUGUGGUGUGGGGGGUGCGCCAUACCCACCCCCAUGCCCCCCCCCCACUGCCCGGGCAGGCAGCCCUGGGGACCGUCACCCCCCCGGGGCACCCCGCUCAGAGCCACCCCAUCAACCAGGGCCGGGGGAGCCCCCCUCGGCACGGCCACCCCGGGGGGGAGCAGGGGGGCUGGAGAGGGUGCCAGGCGCUAAUUAGUGCUGGGGUUAAUUAAUGGUCAUUCUGCUUGUAGCUUUUUCAGUGUGUGUUUGGUUACUGUCUCUGGGAACCGUGUUUGAACAGAUGGCUCUGUGUUACCGGGAGUGUGUGUACUUCUGUAGUCUAGUUAGGUGCUCUGCCAGAAAACCACCACUAUACAUACCUAUAAAUAUAUACAUAUAUAGUCUAUUUUAAGUUAAAAACCAAUGAGACGAAGAGGCGGCGCGGCCCCGGGCCCCCCCGUCCCACCGGGGUCGCCUCCUGCCCUGUCCCCACCUGAAAGCUUCUCUCUGCUUAUUCAAAGGCGUUGGGUUUUUAAUUGAUUUUCUUUUAAUUUAUUUUUAAUUUCUUUUGGGUUUUAAUUUUUUUUCUUUUUUUUUUGUACAGAACAGUUGGAAAACUUCAAAAAAAAAAAAAACAACAAAAAGACAAUUUGUAAGAUAUCGUGCGUGUGACUCCUUGUAAAAUAUUUUCAAAUGGUUUAUUACAGAGAC